AUGAAAUUACUACUACCUAUUUUAUUAUUUUUUGCAGCCUGUCAUCUAUGUCGAGAUGACGAUCAUCAUCAAGGAAAUAAUGACCAUAAUCGAACAACAAAAACAACGACCAAUCAACACGGAGUAGGACAGAAUCCUAGUACGAUAAAUACAAGGACCCCUGUUAUAACCAAUCAAGCUAAUCACAAUGGAUAUGGACACAAUCCUAAUACUGUACAUGAUGAUGACGAAAUUAAUCACAAAUACACGACACCACACGAAGGAUAUAAUGAUCACAAUGAGAUAGAUCACAACACGCAACAGGGUCAUAAUACACUGAAUGCUAAUAGAGGACAAAAUGCAAGCAUGGGGAAGACUACUUCAGUUAGUUCAACACAUAGAUCAACAGAGAUUCAUAAGACGAGUCAAACUACUCAUGAUACAGACAGGAACAAUAUGACGCCCAAUGACCAGAAGCACACCUCAACAGCAAAUGCUUCUGCCACGAACCGAAACACGCAUGAUACGCACAAUACUCGGAAUUCAAGGACUACUACAAACAGUAAGGCAACUGCAGCGAGAAUGAAUACAGAGACCCGUGGCACAUUGACUGCUCAGGUCAGCUAUACCACUCGUCAAACACCUAGUGUUACCAACACUGGUCCACUCCAAACAGGAGAGACAGGGAAUACUCAGAACAAUGCUGUCAAGUCGUUGCAAAAUCCGUUACCCUACGGAUUAAUAAUCCUUUUACUAUGA